CGACGACGACGACGUCCAGCGGCGACGACGACGAUUGAAAUUCGCGAAACGAAACAAGCAAACGGAAGCGGAAAAGCCCACCGACGGAGGACGAAGUGACGAAAUAGUGGUUGGUGUCGGUUUGCCUCCGCUUCGGCCACGGUUACCUUUCCCUUUUUUUGCCCCCCAAAAAGCCCCACGCCAUCAUCCGUCCGUGGCCGCCGAGUGAGUGGGAAAACAGAGUGGCGCAGAAAAGCGAAGUGAAAACCCGCAAACUCGGUGCCGUCGGGGUGCCCGGGUGACAUCACGGGGUGCUCGGUGUCUGUGUACCCGCGGUGACCAAUAGAAGUGGAGUGGAACGGACGGGGUCGCCCCCUGGCCGCAGUUGCCAGUAAUAUACACGCACACACGCGGGCACAAGGGAGGUCCUACACACGCGCACGUGUGCAUGUGCGGUUAGAUAGAACGGACACGCACACCGAACAGUAGUAGCAGCAGCAGCAGCAGCAGUGCCGAGCACCGAGGCCGCCCGUGAUCUAGGUUAGGUUUCUAGGCAGGCGAAUUCCGAUAUAGUUGUAGGCCCGCCCGUGACAGUGGUGCGCCUGGCGCGGCACGUUAGUGUAUGUGGUGAGGGUUGUGUGUGUAUGUGUGUGUAGUGUGGUGUGGUGUGCUUCCCGCUAUGGUCCAGUGCGAUCGGUAUCGCGCCAUCUGCAGUCGCUCCGUUGUCCAGCUAUUGCGAUGAGUCGGCCAGCUCCGGUCCUGCAGCAUCACGACCACGGUUCUGACGUUGACGGUUACAACGGUAGUGGCAUCACGGCCCCCGAGCCGAGCGGAGGCGAGCGGAUAUCCUCCAUAGCUUCUUAUUACUACCACCACCACCACCACUACUACUACUGCUACUACGACUACUACCAGCCUUACUGGUGCGCGGCGGAUUAUCAGCAGCCCCUGGGCGACGGCGGGCGGCACCCGUUCCCAAGUAGCGCCAGCGCCAGGAUCUGGAGGACUGGCGAGGAUCACUGAAAAGAAAUGAAAGAUGGCGCACACGGCAGCAAUGCAGGCGGGCGGCGGUUCGACCGCGGCGGCCGCCCGUGCCGAUAGUGCGCACGUCGCCGGCGGUCGCUACGACUUCGAAGACGGCGGAACGUUCUGUGGCGGCUGGGAGGACAACAAGGCCCACGGCCACGGCGUUUGUACGGGUCCAAAGAACAAGGGUGCCUACUCCGGGGCGUGGCAUUACGGUUUCGAGGUAUCGGGGAUUUAUUGUUGGCCCAGUGGAUCUACGUACGAGGGACACUGGCAAAACGGAAAAAGACAUGGGCUGGGUAUCGAGGUUCGAGGCAGAUGGGUGUACAGAGGCGAGUGGACACAAGGUUUCAAGGGCCGGUACGGCGUGCGGCAGAGCGCGUCAUCGACGGCCCGGUACGAGGGCACCUGGGCCAACGGGCUGCAGGAUGGCUACGGUUCGGAAACGUACGCCGACGGAGGAAGCUAUCAGGGGCAGUGGCAGCGAGGCAUGCGGCACGGGUACGGUGUCCGGACGUCGGCCCCGUUCGGAAUGGCGGCCCGGUUUCGGCCGAAAUCGGUGCGCGUGUCGAUGACGUCGCUCCGGAGCACGGACGGUGGCAACCAGGCGCCGACGCCGGAUCCGGGCGAGAAGCGGAACCACCGGAUCGACGAUUCGCGCGGUGGCUUCGUGCUGAAGGCCAAAUCCGACGAGACGCCGGUCCGGCGGAACAGUUUGGUGGAGAAGACGAAGAAAGGGCUUUUAUCGGGACUCAAAAUUAGGAAACAAAAGAGCACGGGAGACUUGGAGAAGCGCGGUACGGGCACGGGUAGCAUUCGGUCCACGGCAUCGACCGCCUCCUGGUUGAGCACGGAAUCAUCGCAAUCGGGAAUGACCAAUAAGACAAUGCAUACGGAUUCCAACGCAAGCUUUAUAGUAGAGGACGAGCAGCUGGACGCUAGCGCGGUAGAGACGUAUAUGGGCGAGUGGAAGAAUGACAAACGCUGUGGCUACGGUAUUUCGGAGCGUAGCGAUGGUUUAAAGUACGAGGGCGAGUGGUACGCGAACAAAAAGUACGGCUACGGGGUGACCACGUUCAAGGACGGCACCAAGGAGGAGGGCAAAUACAAGAACAACGUGCUGAUCACGAGCCAGAAGAAGAAGCACCUGUUCCUGAUCCGCUCGGCCAAGUUCCGGGAGCGGAUAGACGCGGCGGUCGACUCGGCGCAGCGCUCGUCCAAGUACGCGCUGCAGAAGGCGGACAUCGCGAUCUCGCGCACCGCCACGGCCCGCGGCAAGGCGGAGCUGGCGGACGCGGCGGCCGACGAGGCGCGGGCCGAGUCGGACCUGGCGAUCCGGAUCGCGCGCGACUUCGCGCCGGACUUCAACCCGUCGCUGCUCGAGCGGUUCGAUCGGUUGCGGCGCCAGCGGAACGCCUUUCCACUGCCGGACAGUGUGGCGGCGGCCAGCAACCCCGGCCGCACAGACUACGCGAUGCAGCACAACCAUCAGCCACAGCCCCAGUCCCAGCAGCAGCACCACCACCACCACAGUGCCACCGCAGCCGCCGCCGCCGCCAAGAAGGAGGUCGAACUGGCGAACAUGAAGAACGCGCUCAACAGUCCGUUCGGUGCGCCGGGCCCCGGCCAGCAGCGUGGCGCCGGCCUCGCCAACUACUACGACCCCAAGGGACCAGCGGGAGCGGGAGCGGGAGCGACGUCGGCCGGUGGGCCCUACGGCGGGCUCGGAAUGGACGAAGGACUACCGUCGGCCGUGUACAGGCAGGCGAACGUCACAUCAGCCGCCGGCCCCGCCACCAGCGGCCAGUACGGUGGUGCCGGGUACGGGUACGGGAUGAAGUCCCCUCCGAUGGGGCCGGGCCGGGACGAGGUGAUGCUGGGUGGGGGUCCGUCCGCGGUGAGUCCGCGAAGAAACUCCACACUCCAGCAGCAGCAGCAACAGCAACAGGCGGCAAUGUACGACUCGAAGCCGAUGAACUCGAUCGGGGGCGGUGGCGGUGGCCGCACUGUACCAUCGCUCGGGGCCAUCGGGAGCCAGUCGUCGAUCGACUACUUCGACCACUACAAGCGGCCACCGAGCCGGGAUGGGUCGGUCGAUCGGUACACGCGAGCCGCCAACAAACUGGGCGGCGGCUCAUCGCGCCCUCCGUCGGUGGAGAAGACGGGCCUGGGCGGUGGGUACGCGGCGGCGGCCGAUGGCCCGGAGGCGGCCGAGCGCCUCAGCACGCUGCGCCGCAGCUCCCAGCUACAGUCGAGCGCGGCGGCAGUGAACGGUUCCGUCCCGUCGGCUUCGGCCGGCAUCGGCAACGGCAGUGUGCGGCCCGGAUCCCGGGCCACCACGCCGUUGCACCACCAGCGUGCGGCCACACCCCUGCAGGAUGGCUUCGGCCAGCAGCAACCCUUCGAGGACGUACUGCUGCGGCAGCGCACCCUCGGCCAGGACAUCAUCCCGUCGAUGACGCAACCGAAGCGCACCGAGAGCCUCUACCUGUCGAAACCGGCCGUCAACAGUAUGCCGAUGGGUGGAGGUGGAGGAGGCGGUGGAGGAGGCGGUGGAGGAGGCAUGCGAUCGAGAGGAGGCGGUGGAGGAGGCGGAGGAGGAGGCGGUGGAGGAGGCGGAAACGGAAUGUUCAGUAGGGAGCCUAAGAGUAUUCCAGUAAAUGCAACCCUGCAAAGGAAGAAAUCAUUACCAGAUGUACAACAGCUACCGUUCUCGACCGGUGCCAUGAGCCGGGAGGAGGUGUCGAUCCUUGGCUCGGCCCGCCGCGAAGAGGUCCGGCGACUGAAGGAUGAGCAGGAGCGCUUACGAGUUAAUCCACUGUUGUAUCUGGUCAGUCCACAAGUGAAGGAUUGGUUCUCGCGCCAGCAACUGGUCAUGCUAGUGCUGAUCGUCAAUAUUGCCUUGGCUAUUUUAUUCUUUAAAAUACUCACAUAGCGUUGGCUCAGCCCAUGUUUGCAUUUCAGCAUGUUUCUAAGAAAGGUGACACUACUAGAAUAGCCGAACGCGCAGGAAUGAGGAUAAUACUUAAACGAACAUUAUGGGAUAACUUUUGUCGCGGCGAGGCACACACACCCACACACACACGUACACAGGCAGACAAACACACACACACACACAACACAUCCACACGUACAGACGAGAACACGUUUUUGGCGCCCGCUGCAUCCUUGCACCAGUUGGCCAGUUUAAGUAGCGGAAUUGUCGGCAACGGCGGAGGCAAUCCGGAAGUUCCGGAGUCCAGCAGGGAGAGCGAGGAUAGAGGGCAAUUUUUGAACGACCGUGCAAAGGGGAGCGAGAGAGAGGGAGAGAGGGGUGUUUAUGUGAGGCAAUCAGUGAGCUGCGGGCUGGGCGGGGGUCCAUCACGGCGGCGAAGCAUCGAAAGCGGCUCGCGGCCGAUCAAGAAUUAGAACACAAGUGUUUAACUUUGUGCAUCAAUCAUCAAUCUUCGCAAUUACGAUCCAUCCUUUACCUACGUAAAACUAUUUAGAAGCGGGAACGAGGCGGAGACUUUGGAAGAAAUUUGUGUGCGGUGGGAUACACGUACUAGUGCUACGUGAUAUGCCCCGCGAUUGUGGAAAGGGAGAAUCAAAACAGAAUAAAAAACAAACAAACAAAAAAAAACGCAUACAAAUGUAGAAAACACAAACAAACAAGUGAUUGUGAUUGGUGCGGAUUGUGGAACUUGGAAGGGGCAAAUCAAAUGAACCAAACCCAUUUCAAGUUCCGUGGCAAAAACAAAACGGAAAAACAAAUUUGAAGCAUCAAAUGCAAAUAAAACGGAUUAGUAAAAUUUCGAUCGAACGAAGGGGGAGACUUAGAAAGAAAAACAGAAAGUAAACAAGGGACAAGAGGAAAAGAGAGAGAAAAUUAUAUAGGAAAGUUAUAAUAAUACUAAAUCAAAAAGAACAGAAAAACAAGAAAAUAGCUAAAAAAGAUUCACAAAACUAUAAAAAAGCAGAAGAGAGAAGGUGACAGAGAGAGAGAGAGAGAGAAAGAAACGUGCAGAAAAUGCGAAAGCCAAAUCUUACGACAACUUUGUUAACAUAAUUUUUAGCAGAUCGUCUAAAGCGUAAGAGGGAGAGAAGCCGGGAGCGGAAAUCGAGUCCACUUUCAUUAGUUCUUUCUUUUCCCAAACACCACAGGACUAUUCAAAUUUGCUUAAGGUCAAGCUCUUAAGAUUCUAAUAAACAGAAAAGUAUGUUGAAUUUUUCCACCGUG